AAAUUUCAAACGACGAGACUCAAUAAACGUUACGGGCAGCUCACGUCGCGGCCAUAGCUGUGUUAGUUUAGGCUACUUUUAAACCCCGUUUCUUCAUCGGUGAAGAAGAGAGAUUAGUAAUCAUUGGUAUUGCCCGUGGACACAAAAUGCGAGUGAGUGAGGUCCACGCCGCAGAGUCCGUUGCUUACUUCAACAGGGCUCUGGUAAAACUGCAGGAUAUUUGGGAGGAAAUCGGGAUCCAUGAGGAGCAGCGACUUCAAAGAACAAAUGAAGUCCAUAAUUACAUUAAAGGUUUACUGGAUAUGAUGAUCACAGAAGAAGAGGAUCUCAAGAAGAGACUAGUUAAAACCAUUGAGGACUGCCGCAAAGAAAUGAAUAUUUUGUGCAGUGAACUUCAGCUGCCCCCAUUUGAUGAGGAAAGCGGCUGCACCAUUUUACAGAGGGAGAAGAAUAGUCGCUUACAACUCGAGGGCCUCAGAAACCACAAAAAGCAACGGAUGGAUGAAUUUAAAAGUCUUAUUGCCAAAGACUGUGAGCUCUGUGACAUUAUGAGCACCACACCUUUCUCCAUUGACAAGGACUCUAUUCCUUCGCUUAAGCAGCUCGAGACUUACCGUGCCUACUUGGAUGAUCUGACCAAAGAAAAGGAGAAACGUCAUGAAGAGUUUGUCACUUUGAAGAAGGAGAUUGGUCAAUGCAUGGAAGACCUGGAACGCCAACCUGAGACAAGUUUCGAGAUUGAUGUAAUGUGUGAGGAUGAAGAGGCAUUUUUUUUGUCCACUGAAAAUAUCUUUGCUCUUAAAACGCUACUUAGUCAGCUCAAAGAAAGUAAAGCUGAAAUUGAGAUGCGCUGUGUUUCUUACCGCACAAAAAUUCAAGAACUCUGGGAACGGCUUAAAGUCCCCCAAGAGGAGAGGGAUCCUAUGUCUGAACACAUGCUUAAGACAAAAAAGAAAAACAUAGAAGCACUGCAGACAGAGCUCCAGCGACUUGAGGUGUUGAAAAUUCAGAGCAUGAAAAGUGUGAUUGAAGCAAUAAGGGCUGAGAUUGCACUUAUGUGGGAAAAAUGCUUCUAUAGUCGAGAGCAGUGUCAAGCCUUUUCAGCUAAUCAAAAUGAUGAUUUUACUGAGGAGCUACUUGACUUGCAUGAGGCUGAAAUCAGCAAACUCAAAAAGUCUUAUGAGGACCACAGAGAACUGUUUGAUGGAGUUGCUAAAUGGCAGUCGAACUGGACAUUAUACUUGGAGCUUGACAAGAAAGCCAAUGAUCCUGCAAGAUUCAACAACAGGGGUGGAAAUCUUCUUAAAGAAGAGAAGCAGAGAACAGACUUGCAGAAAAGCAUUCCCAAGUUGGAGAAAGUUCUGAAAACCCAAAUAGAUAAUUGGGAGCAGGAGAAUGGGAGGGAAUUCUUUGUGAAUGGACAGAAGUUUCUUGACUAUGUUCAGCAGCAGUGGGAGAACCACCAUAAUGAGAAGGAGAGGGAGAAGCUGGAAAGGCAACUGAAGAAGACCAAACAGAUUCAAGAGGACAUGAUGUUUGGAACUUCUAUCAGGACACCAUCUAAAAGGCGCAUUGCUGGAACUCCCACACCGGGCAAAAUGAGAAAGAUGAACAGUGCCUCCACAUUAUCCACUCCAACCAGUUUCCUUGGUGGAACCCUGUGCCAGUCUUCUAUCCAGAAACCGCCCCUGUCGGCUAGCAAGAGUCUUGGUUUGCGAACACCUGGACAAGUGAAGACUCCACGCAUAUUGGAGCGAAACAAGGAGAACAUCUCCCAUCUGCAGAGAAACACUCCGAGUGCCACACUAAGGUCUCAGGAUACUAAAGAUCACACCUUCACCUUAAACUCUAUUGCGGGCUCCUAUGUGGAAUUUGCGAGAGACCUCACAAAGGCUUCUAAAUCGAAUGUGAAGACACAAGUGCUGAACUCCACGGUGAGUCACCAGUGACGUCGGACUAUGCAGCAAUAGGGGCUUUAAUUAUGUAUUUUUAUAACUGUGCACAACUUUAAUGUAAACCUCCUCAAAAAAUGUAAAUAUUUAAAUUGUGAUCACUGAGACUUGAUCAAUCAUCUUUAUAGAUUUUAUUUGAAGGAUGUCUGUUUCUUGGGUAGUUUGUGCUCUUGUUGAUGUGACAUGUAUACAAUGUUUCCUUUUCACUUUUUUCCCUAAUCCAUAAUUUUAUCUAGCAGUACUCUUGUACUAGAGCUUUAAGUCAGUGCACUAUAUUUCUCCAGCUGGGACACCUGCUACAUUUGCUCUUGGAUUUAAAUAUUUUUGAGUGCAUUUUUAUCCAGCCUGUAAAUAAACUUUUUAUAAAGA